UAAACAUUCGCGUCUCACUCACUCAAUCACCUGCCAUCAACUUCAUCACUCAGCGAAAAACCACCUUACGAACUCCCCGAACCUUUGACAACAAACCCAUCUCAGCAGUAGUGUUCAAAAGACCCAGUCAAAAAUGACCCAACAACCCAUCCUCGCUUUCACCUCAACCUCAACCACAUCCAACACCCCCAUCCCAAAGACAACACCCAACCUCCUCCCCUGCCGCAUUCACCACUCCGGGUCCGUAGAACCUACCGACUCGUUUUGGAAUCCUCGCUGUGAACAAGAUGGUAAUCUCAAAGUAUCCUACUUCCGCGGCCGCAAACUCCACGGCAAGACUCUCCCCUUGCCAGAAGGAUACAAGGGUGUCGUUGCUUCCAAGGUCUUCCCUAAACAAGACACAAAGAAGCCAAGGCUAGCGCAUGAGAUGUCCUUUAUCAUGGAUAAUGAUGGACCGGAAGUCAUUGAUUUGGAAGCUGAACAACAACCGGAAGUGCAAGUGGGAGGGGCGAUGGAGAUUCAGGCAGAGUUUGAAGAGGUGGUGGUUUGGGGACAUGAGCAUUUGGCGGAUGCGGGCGGGGAUGCGUAUGUAAGGGGGGUGGAGGAGUGGGUUGGGUUUGCGGAACGGGUUCAUUCUUUUUGAAUGAAAGGAGGGAAAAAGGGGAGGGGGGAACACAGAAGGAAGGGGAUUGGAACAGGUUAUGGAAACAGUCAAGAUACCCCAAAUUGGAUGAGUACAAUCAGACAAUGAUGCAUACCAUUCAUUACUCUAGCCAUUCCAUUCGUCA